AUGGGCUUUUCUAAAGAUAUCAGUAACCGCGACGCAAAUGAUUCUAAAAAUAACAAUUUCAGUGUAGAUUCGCCCGAUUUCGAGACCCAGCAAGUCGACAGUCAAUGCCCGGUUGGUGAUGGCUACGAAAUUGAUGACUUCCAGUAUCUGACAAAUACGAUGCCUGUUGAUGAGUGUUAUCUUUUUGAAGAUGAAUUCGAAACGCAGUAUGUGAAUCUGGCUGGGGAAACUCAAGUGGUGGAUGAUGUUGAUGAAACCCAAGUGUUGGGCGAUCUUGAUUGCAUGAAAAACUUUGAUGAGUUAGAUACUGUGGCUGUUAACUCAUCUGAAGGUGCAAAUAAAGCUGAAGCUUUCUAUGAGACCCAAGUGUUGUCCCAGGAUGGGUCUGAGAAAAUUGAUGAUGUGGAUUCCAUUGGUCUGCAGAACACAUCAGACACUUUCAGACCAGAGACGUUCAGCAGAGGAUUUACCUCAAUCCGGGCUGCAUCUAUUCGGUCCUCUGGUUUGGCUGCCCGUGAACAUGGAGCUAAACGCAAUUCAUGCCCCAGUAGCAGUGACAAGUCCUCUCUAGAACAAGAAACAUUUAAAAAAGGCAAUACAUCUGUUGCUCAGUGUUCUUUGGAGUCAGGCAUGAAAAACUGUCACAGUGACUUUCGGGAUGUAUCCACGGAAGACACUGGACAACUCGGAAACUUGGACAAAUGCAAGGUGGCUUGUGCAGCAGUCAGGAAACUUUUCAAAGACGUUGAAUUUGCUGAGGUCGAUCAAACUGAAGCCUAUGAUAUUAACCAAACAGAUGAUAAUGCCAACAUAUAUUCUGAAAAAGGCUGUUUGGCUGGGUUAAGCUAUGCCAAUUCUCAAGAACCUGGGGAGCUUUCGCAAGCCCAUGCACUCGAGGUUGUGGACAAGUUUCUUGAUCUUAAUGUUAUGGAUAUUGGUGAUGGUGUGGGGGCUACAGUUCAAAAAGCCGAGAAAAAAACAAAGAUUGCCUCUGGCGUGAAAGGUUCACGUGAAUUGGCUAAAAAGAGUUCUGCUUUGAAAGAAGUGAAUGGGGAACAUGGAAUUUAUGAUUGGGAUGAUAGUCGUGAGGAUGAUGGCGGAGGGGAAUUUUUCAUCAAGAAAAAAGAGCUGUUUUUUGAGAAUGGAGAUGGAAAAAAGAGAUGCCGUACCAGAUCUAAGAAUCCCAAUGGAGAUGAAAAGGAGCGGAACUGCACUAAGAGCAAACAGAAGGAUUUGGCUUAUUCAGAUUCAGGGCCGAUGUUGCGUAAAACUAGAACAAAGGGAAAAACAUCUUUCAAUAGUGUGGAAAGAAGCGUGGCCCAAAACUAUAUUACGAAGGAUUUAAUUGAUGAACGGCUAAAUGUGGAGGUCGAGCCUAACUUGGUCGAGACUGAGAAAAACAAGGAUAAUAACAUUGAAAUGAAUGAUGUGGGUGCCGAUACUCAAAUGGCUGCUGAGGCAAUGGAGACGUUGUGCUUCGAGGUCCAGUUGUCUGCAGAUAAUGGGACUAAUAAUAACCCUGACACAGUUAAAGCUACCAGAAAAAAUCAAUUGAGUGACAUAAUAACCGCUCAUCCAGAAAAGUGCUUGAGCGAAGAAAGAUCCCACAGCCCGAGUAUUGGAGUGGUCACUCGAAAAGCCAAGCAAUUAAAAAUGACACGCCAGAUCACGAGUGAUAAGCCAGAAGCUAUGGAUUUGACUGAUCUGUUCAAUAGCAGGGUAAAGCUGACCGGUCAAAAGUCGGAGAAAAAACGUAUGUUGGAGGACCAUUCCAUGCCUGUGGCUCAUCGAACUCGAAAAAGCACAGAGUUAGGUCAUUCAAAAGCAGGUGCCAAGUCGUUUGUUACCAGGAAUGACUUAAAUCGUCUUGUAUGCAUUGCUCGAAAGAGAACAGCUUCAAAAGAUGAAAAUACAGAAACCGUCCAUAUUAAGAAUGAUAAAAAGAGUUGGUUGAGCAGAUCUGGCGCUUCACAUAUUGAUGCAGUAGACAACAAUUUACCAGAAGAAAGAGUUCAAAAGGAAAAUCUUGCUGUGGAUCAUGCUGAUGCACAAAUGACUGCUGAGGCAAUGGAGACGUGCUUCGAGGUCCAGUUGUCUGAAGAUAAUGGGACUAAUAAUAACCCUGACACAGUAAAAACUACCAGAAAAAAUCAAUCGAGUGACAUAAUAACCGCUCGUCCAGAAGAAAGCUUGACCGACAAAAGACCCCACACCCCGAGUAUUGGAGUGGUCACUCGAAAAGCCAAGCAAUUGAAAAGGACACGCGAGAGCACGAGUGAUAAGCCAUCCGUUUUGCCAGAAGCUAUGGAUUUGACUGUUUUGUCCAAUAGCAGGGUGAAGUUGACCGGUCAAAAGUCCGAUAAAAAAUGUCAGUUGGAGGACCAUCUUGACUUUUCCGUGCCUUUGGAUCAUCGAACCCGGAAAGGUGCAGAGUCAGUUCGUUCAAAAGCAGGCGCCAAGUCGUUUGUCACCAGGAGUGACUUAAAUCGUCUGGCAUGCAUCACUCGUAAGAGAUCAGCUUCAAAAGAUAAAAAUGCAGAAACCGUCCAUGUUAAGAAUGAUAAAAAGAGUUGGUUGAACAGAUCUGCUGCUUCACAUAUUGAUGCAGUAGAUAAUUUACCAGAAGAAAGAGUUCGGAAGGAAAAUCUUGCUGUGGAUCAUGUUGAUGCACAAUGUCAUAAUCCAAGAUUAAAAAGAUUGAGAAAGAUUGGAACAAAUUUUUCUUUAGGUACUGGCUCUGGAAAAAUUACUUCAGAUCAAAAUGUUGAAAUUGGAAGUUCAAGACAUGAUGCCACUCAAAAUGCUACUGAUCAGGAAAAAGUUGGUGCCAGCUCAUCUGAGAAAAAUGACGAGAAAAAUAUUGCUGAGAAAUUUCCGGAUGCUACAAAAACGAAUAACAAAUUAGAAGCAUCUCCCCCUACUGAUGUUUCCAGAAUACCAGCAAACAGUGUGUCUCCUGUCUGCAUGGGUGAUGAAUACCACACACAGUCUUGCAGAAAGAAUCUUGCGAGGUUGUCUCUUAUUACAGAAAUGAAUAAAGCUGCGAGCGCCUCACCCGGGUCGUUUAAUAGGAUGAAAGAGUCACGAAAGAGGAAAGAUAUCACAAAUGUUAGAGUCUUGUUUAGCCAGCACCUGGAUGAGGAUGUUAUCAAGCAUCAGAAAAAGAUACUAGCUAGGUUGGGGGGUGCAGUUGCUACUUUAAUGUCAGAUGCCUCCCAUUUUGUGGCAGAUGAAUUUGUCCGAACCAGGAACAUGCUAGAAGCCAUUGCUUCUGGAAAGCCAGUGGUCACUCACUUAUGGCUCGAAAGUUGUGGACAAGCUAGUUGUCUUAUUGAUGAGAAGAAUUAUAUACUUCGAGAUUCAAAGAAGGAAAGAGAGUUUGGCUUCUGUUUGCCAGCUUCUCUCUCAAGGGCAGGCCAACAUCCACUAUUACAGGGCCAGAAAGUUUUGAUUACCCCUAAUACAAAACCUGGAAAAGACAUUUUAGCAAACUUGGUCAAAGCAGUUCAUGGUUUGGUAAUUGAGAGAGUCGGCCGAUCAGUACUGAAGGAUGAAAAACUUGCGGAUGAUCUUCUGAUCUUAUCUUGUAAUGAAGAUUAUGAUGUCUGUGUCCCUUUUCUUGAAAAAGGUAGCCCUGUGUAUAGUUCGGAGCUGCUGUUAAAUGGAAUUGUUAAACAGAAGCUAGAAUAUGAAAGGCAUCGGCUCUUUGAUGAUCACGUUAAAAGGACGCGAUCGACAAUAUGGAUGAGAAAGAAGAACGGAUAUCGUCCUGUAACAAAAUGCAAAUAA